CCAGUGAAAGGUUGAGAUGUGUUGUUUUAAACAGCUAGAGGGAUCAUGAUGUUUGCCUGCGUCCCCAUGCCGACCCUGAGAGCCAUGCUGUCCAAGGAUCUGCAUCCCCAGCAGUAUGGGCGAGUCUUUGGGAUGCUCCAGCUGCUUCUGGCUGUGACCGAUCUCUUGUCUAACGUCUUUUUCACCUCCGUUUACCCGCUAACUCUCGGCUGGUUCAGCGGCUUCUGCUUCCUCCUCUCCUGUGCUGUUAGUUACAUCAGCGCUGUCCCGAUCAUUUAUCGAAAUGGCAGAGACACGCGUCUCGGAUCCAUUUGAAACGUUGACCUACAGGAAAAGGUGUCUGUUCUCGUUUUGAUUCAGCACUAUGGAGCGUGAUGGAAAAAUAAUAGGAUUCAUGCAAGCAAUGCUUCCGCAUUCUUCCCCAAAAAGCAUUGCAUUACCUGAUGAACUUUGCAUUUGAUAAGAAAAAAUGUUUCUGUACUCUCGCAAAAAUAAGGCAUGCACAGCAAAAAUCGCAAUGCUUUUUAACUACAUUUUCACGUCCCCUCGCAAACGUUAUAAAAUGUCUAAUUCUAAUUCAAUUUAGUUCACCAAUUUAUUUCCCCUGCAAAAGCACUGCAAUAGCUUUCCUCCCGCGUUAUGCUAUUUCCAAACUAGUUUUGGCUGCAAGCAAAACAGAAAGCUUUUGCAAAUGAAUUUGAAAGUUUAGCAAAAAAUGAAAAAGAUGUUGCAGGCAAAAGCACAGUUUCUCAGGGUGUCGUUAAAGCAUUUUUUUUCUCCCAUGACUACGGGCUCUGUGCAUUUCUCUUAGUAAUAACAUUUGAUUGCAGUAAUAUACUGUGCGAUGCAUAAUUGAAUGUCGAAGAACUGGAGAACUAAAACGAGUAUGAUACAAAAGUCUGCCCAGCUUUCUUGCAAAACACAAGAUAAGGUAAAAUAGGUGGAAAUAUUUAAGUCUAAAUACAAAAUACUAUUAGCAUUUUAGGACUGUUUUUCAUGUUGGAACAUAUGGUUUAUUAAUAGUACAGUAAAUACUAUGUUUCUUCUCUGUAUAAUUGUCAAUAAAUCUCC